AUGUCCAAUUACCAAAGCGGCCCAGACCCGCUGGACUUUAUUAUUCCAGAUGAAGCUGCACCCCAGCCUGCUCCUUCACAACCUGCCAGCUCCGGGUUCUCCUGGGCACCAAAAGUUGACCUUUCCUCGGCCUUCAGUCCGUUUAUAAAAUCACCCCAGUUCCAACAAAACAACACAAUCCGUGAACGUCAGUACUCCGGUGGCGACACUUUGGACGAACCCGUGUGGCACACUUUGAAACGUGACUUGCUCCAGAUCGGCCGCCGUUUGGCUGUUGUUGUCUGGCCUGCUCAGCUUAAACAAUUGGCAUACAAGAACCAGCAGAACUUGCUUAAUUUUGCCCUGAACAACGGCGUUAGACUUCCUUCACUGCUUUCACAUGCUACGCUGGUUCCAGAGGACGAUGAAGACUCUCAGGGCCUGGACGACGUGGCCGUUCUAGACUGGGACUUGUGGGACCCUUGA